AUGGCAUCGAUACAGUCAGUCUUGGGACCCUUGGUCAGUAGCAAGGGGAACCUUUCUCCCUCAAAGUUGCCAGGCACAUUUCUUACUGGAUCGGAUAGCGUUGGACGCAUUUCAACUGCACGGGAAAAGGAAAUAUGCUACAAUAUGGCGAUGAGACCCAGGGCCACUUUGACAUUUGAUAACUCUACCACUGAAACGACUAGGAACAGAUCGAGGAAACACACCGUUGAUCCUGCAGCCCCUGAUUUCCUUCCUCUUCCUUCUUUUGAGCAAUGCUUUCCGAAGAGCACGAAGGAGCACAGGUAACUUUCUCACUUCACGCCUACUUCUCUGUUGAUCGCCAACCCCAUAGAUGCCAUUGGAGCUUCUCAUAUUUUUAUGGAGUAAUUCUGCAUUUUUUUUUCUCUGUUUGGCAGGGAAAUCGUCCAUGAGCAAUCUGACCAUGUUCUUAAGGUUCCAUUCCGCCGUGUCCAUCUGUCCGAGGGUGAAUCACACUUUGACACAUACGACACCAGCGGUCCACAGAAUAUUGACCCGCUUGUUGGUAAGAAUCACUUCCCUUCCUUAUCCACGUAUCGCUUUAUUGCCUCGAUGUGACGUACUGCACAUUGAUAAUCUCAGUUAGUAUGCUUGCCAUUUUUAAGCCAGGAGUUUUUCUGUUUUAGAAAUUCCUCAAUUGACAUUUUGAUAGGCCUCCCUAAGAUAAGGAAAGACUGGAUUGAGAGGCGGGAGCAGUUGGGUGCCCCCAGAUACACGCAGAUGUACUAUGCUAAGCAGGGAAUCAUAACCGAAGAGAUGCUCUUCUGUGCCACGCGUGAGAAACUUGAACCUGAAUUUGUUAGAUCGGAGGUAGCCCGUGGGCGUGCCAUCAUCCCUUCGAACAAGAAGCACCUGGAGUUGGAGCCCAUGGUCGUCGGCAGGAACUUUCUGGUCAAAGUAAAUGCAAAUAUUGGAAACUCGGCCGUAGUGAGCUCAAUCGAGGAAGAAGUGCAUAAGCUACAAUGGGCGACAAUGUGGGGAGCCGACACAAUCAUGGAUCUCUCCACUGGCCGACAUAUUCAUGAGACGCGUGAGUGGAUCCUCCGUAACUCUGCUGUGCCGGUGGGGACUGUCCCUAUCUACCAAGCACUAGAGAAAGUGAACGGCAUUGCAGAAAACCUUAAUUGGGAGGUCUUCAGAGAGACUUUGAUUGAGCAAGCAGAGCAGGGUGUUGACUAUUUUACCAUUCACGCUGGCGUACUACUGCGUUACAUUCCCCUAACUGCGAAAAGAAUGACUGGUAUAGUCUCCCGCGGAGGAUCGAUACAUGCUAAAUGGUGCUUAACCUACCACAAGGAGAACUUUGCCUAUGAGCAUUGGGAUGACAUCCUCGACAUCUGCAAUCAGUAUGAUAUCGCCCUGUCUAUCGGUGAUGGGCUGAGGCCCGGUUCAAUAUAUGAUGCCAAUGAUACGGCUCAGUUUGCCGAGCUUUUGACACAAGGGGAGCUCACCAAACGAGCGUGGGAAAAGGAUGUGCAGGUAAAUACUCCUAAGACAGAGAAACAGAGUUUCUAGUUAUGUUUGCCUCUUUCUAUAUUUCUGCCUUAAUUGUUCGAUAUCGGUUCUUACUGUUGCUUAGCUUAGUACUUAUCCUGUCGAUGAGGUUGUCUUAUUUCCCAAGAAACAAACAAUUGAAUCAAUCAAAGACACUUCAUCGGUUCCCAAAUCUGCUUCUAAAUUUUUGUGGGUCAGAGACAAUUUGUCAAUUCUGAUUUGAGUACCCUUUCGUGGUACCCAUAUAUGCCUUUUUGUCUCAAGCCAGUCGUUUUUUUUUUUCUUUUUUCUGUUCACAGCGAUGUUUCUUGUGAUAAACACUACAUGCCAAAUUAUUCUGAACAUAAUUUGGAAACUUCAGCAUUUUCUCGUUUGAAUAUCUAGGUGAUGAAUGAAGGCCCUGGGCAUAUUCCAAUGCACAAAAUACCAGAAAACAUGGCGAAACAGCUGGAGUGGUGCCAUGAGGCACCUUUCUACACGCUUGGUCCACUGACGACAGAUAUUGCCCCUGGUUACGAUCACAUCACCUCUGCAAUUGGCGCAGCUAACAUUGGAGCUCUCGGCACGGCUCUUCUAUGCUACGUGACACCUAAAGAACACCUCGGAUUGCCCAACAGGGAUGACGUGAAAGCCGGAGUCAUCGCCUACAAGAUAGCUGCCCAUGCGGCGGAUUUGGCGAAAGGGCACCCCCACGCGCAAGAAUGGGACGACGCUCUCAGCAAGGCGAGAUUUGAGUUCAGAUGGAUGGAUCAAUUUGCCUUGUCACUGGACCCCAUGACCGCCAUGUCUUUUCACGACGAGACCCUUCCAUCGGACGGCGCUAAGGUGGCGCACUUCUGCUCCAUGUGCGGACCCAAAUUCUGUUCCAUGAAGAUAACAGAGGAUGUCCGCAAGUACGCGGAGGAGCACGGCUAUGGAACUGCGGAAGAAGCUGUGAAACAUGGCAUGGAAGCCAUGAGUGCGGAGUUCUUAGCUGCCAAGAAGACCGUCAGCGGAGAGCAGCAUGGUGAAGUCGGAGGGGAAAUCUACUUGCCAGAGAGUUACAUCAUGGCGCACUCCGGAGAGACGAAGUCUUAA